GUAUGCUCAUUCGCCACUGAAGCGCCGUGCGGAUCAGUCGAGUUUCAAAAUGAAGGCUUUAAUCGCCUUUGUCGCUGCCUUAGCGCUUGUCGCCGCCAACACACCCACUCCAGUGAACAAAGUCGUCUGUUACUAUGAUAGCAGGAGCUAUGUUAGAGAAUCUCAAGCCCGUAUGCUGCCGUUGGACUUGGACCCGGCUCUGUCGUUCUGCACCCACUUGAUGUACGGAUAUGCCGGAGUACAUCCAGACACGUACAAGAUGGUGCCCCUUAAUGAGAACCUCGAUGUGGACCGCACACACGCCAACUACCGAGCUAUCACCAAUUUCAAAGGAAAAUAUCCGUCUUUGAAACCUAUGCUGGCUGUUGGUGGUGACGUCGAUACCGAAGAUCCUCAAAAGUAUAACUUAUUGCUGGAAUCACCGCAAGCUCGUACUGCCUUUGUAAACUCUGCCGUUCUUUUGGCCGAGCAACACGGCUUCGAGGGUAUUGACCUCGCUUGGCAGUUCCCUAAGAUUAAGCCAAAGAAGAUCCGCUCUACAUGGGGAUCAAUCUGGCAUGGCAUCAAGAAAACUUUCGCCACAACACCAGUUGACGACAAAGAAACUGAACAUCGUGAAGGUUUCACGGCUCUCGUGCGUGAAAUGAAGCAAGCUCUCAGCCUCAAACCCAACAUGCAACUGUCUGUUACAAUCCUGCCUAAUGUCAAUGCCUCCAUUUAUAUCGAUGUCCCUGCUAUAAUUAACCACGUCGAUUUCGUGAACUUGGAGUCCUUCGACUACACCACUCCCCAGAGGAAUCCGAAGGAAGCCGACUACACCGCGCCGAUAUACACACCACAGAACAGAAACGAGUUACUUAACGCCAAUGCUGCUGUUAAUUAUUUCACUCAAGCCGGCGCUCCUGCUUAUAAGAUCGUUGUUGGCAUCGCUACAUUCGGUCGCACUUGGGCUCUUGACUCCGACAGUGAAAUAGCUGGAGUUCCACCAAUCCACGCUAACGGCCCCGGUGAAGCAGGACCUUACACGAAAACUGAAGGACUACUUAGCUACCCUGAAGUGUGCGCUAAGCUGAUCAACCCUAACCACCAUAAGGGCAUGCGCCCUCACCUGAGGAAGGUUACUGAUCCCAGCAAACGAUUCGAAAAGGGCUUAACCAAGGAUGAAGAUUUGUCAUAUAUAUUUGGAACUUACGCAUUCCGCGUUCCUGAUGACAACGGCGAAGGUGGAUUCUGGGUGAGCUACGAAGAUCCAGACACGGCCGCACAAAAGGCGGCUUUCGUCAAGUCCAGAGGUUUGGGAGGUGUUUCGAUCGUCGAUCUUUCAAUGGACGAUUUCCGCGGUCUUUGCACCAGCGACAAAUAUCCAAUACUCCGCGCUGCUAAAUACCGCCUUUAAGUUAUUUUUUUAAAGACGCGUUUUAGACUAAGUUAAGAGCAUAUAACUCUAAUGUCAUAAAUACAAUAAGAUCUCCAUAAUAAUGAAUGUUUAUUGCACUGAUUCGUAUAUUUGUCAUAGUAAAUCAGGCACUCAUCUCGAUUCAGGAAAAUGCAUACAUUUAAGAAAAGUGUUUAUAAAUAAUAAAUUUUAAUAAACUUAUCCUGAUAACA